CGCCGCGGGUUAGGUGGCGCUGAAAAAAUAGUAGCCGCGGCUGGAAUUGUAUUAGUGCAGUUAGAGUGUGAGUGUGGAGUUUCCUAAACUAGGCUUGGCUAUUAAUAGGCAGCGAAGUGUGCAGUGACAGGCAAGUAGACCACCUACAGCCACUAUGAGUUUCCCACUACAAGUCCUGCUGCUAUUUCUGAUGAGCCCCAACACACUACCAGCUCUGCCUUCUCCACGAGGCCAGGUAGCAGUGACCCAACUCAUCCCAGACGGCUUCUCCUGCACCCAGGAAAUGCCCCGUCAGAUGGACAUCUACAGCAUGCCCCCCAAUUCAAACCUAAUCAAGGUGGACCUCAUCCACGUGCUCUGUGGUCAGAUCUACAGCAGUGGGAGCUCCAGUAGAAUCAGAGUCGGUGGGUUCCACGCAAGACCGGGGAACCAGGACCCGCAAUCAGCAACAACUGCCAACUCCACACUCCAAAGACCAGCUCCCAAUGAAUACGGGUAUUCAGUGUACAAGUACCCGUAUGUGUACGACUCCCGACGAGAUAUGUUUAUCGCCAAGAACACUGGUACCAUUAGCAGUAUGUGGCCCACUGUACUCAGUAUGGAGGAGAUCACUGAGAUCAUCACCAGACUCGUCUACCUCUGCAGGCCGUCACGUACGCUGAACCUGUGUGUGUCAGAUUUCACUCUCCUCCCGGGAGACGGGAGGGCGGAGCUGUUUGAUGUGGUGGUGGUUGUCACCAGCAACGGACAGGUAGCCCGCAGUGCCUACCCUGUAGCCAGAGGCACUUGCAACCAAAGGUCAUCCUCUUACUUCCACAAGUGCUGCUACAACUAUACCUCAUCACUAUCCAUGAUUGCAUAGUGCACACCAUUUUUACUUUUUACUUGUGACACUGCACUCAUAUUGAUUACACUUUUGGUGAAAUGAAUUGGAUAGAGAGGGCUAGGGCUGUGGCAUGCUCUUCGCAAAAAAGUGUUGUGCGAAAAAGUGUCAAGUGUUGUGAAAAUUUUAGUAACUUGCAGCAAACAGAUUCACAU